AUGGCUACCACCACCGUUCUGUUCACGCUUUUCGCUGCAUUGUUAGUUACCUCCGCCCUAGCUCAGUCUCCGGCGUCCUCGCCAGCUCUGUCUCCCAAGAGAACGCCCGUGGUCAAGUCGCCCAAGUCUCCGUCCCCCGCGGUUUCUCCCUCCGCCGAGUCGCCUUUGUCGUCUCCCCCUGCUCCGCUGGUGGGCGGUCCGUCUCCUUCGCCGGUUAGCGUCGACUCUCCGCCGUCGCCUCCCUCCGAGUCACCGGCCGGUGCUCCUUCUGUCACUCCUUCGGCAAUCUCCUCUCCGCCGACCGAAGCACCGACUCCCUCGCAAAACGAUGCCGCUUUGAACAGAUUCACCGUUGCUGGAUCUGCUGCUCUCGUGGGUUUCGCUGCGGCUUUGUUUAUGUAG